AUGGACGCCGAAACAGUUGAUGAUGCACGCGAUCUCAUCACCAUUGUUUCGUUCCUACUCUGCGGGCCAUUGUACGGCAUUCUAACAGCUCCGAGACGCAAGGCGGAGACCCAUACAUAUAAGCGAACCUUCGAUAGGUACGCAGAGGAGAUAGUGAAGCUGCUUGAAGCUAUUGAGAACGCUCACAAAGCGCUGAACAUUAUUAGACCGGGUCACUUUUGGCAGACGCUGGAGAUUCUGGAGAGUAUCCUUGUCUCAGGACGUUGGAAACCGGUCACGAUUACACCAAUUGUUCCAAUUGAGCUGCUUAUGAGAGUUGUAGCGGCCCGUAAGAAAUGGGAUAGCCUUAGUGACCGUCGUAAGGGCAUAACUAAUGCCGUUCAUGGAGGAGGAAAGGAUGCCAAAUUAGUUAAAGAAUGGAGUGAAGCUCUUGAGAGCCGGCGCAAGCGCAGCGAAGAGAAGAAUCAGAAGAUGGAACCGCUCGCAAGUCUUAUUGAAAACCCACCGGGUUAA